CGAGAAACAAACAAAAAAAAAAGUUGUGACUUUGACAAGUUAGACGAAACAAUGGAGGAUGAAGAGGGAAGAAGGGAGAUGACGAAGAAACAAAGUUCAAGGUUUAAGAGGAUUUGCGUCUUUUGUGGGAGUAGCAAUGGCAACAAAGCUAGUUAUCAAGAUGCAGCCAUUGAUUUGGCCAAAGAAUUGGUGAUGAGGAAGAUUGAUCUUGUUUAUGGUGGAGGAAGCAUAGGUUUAAUGGGUUUGGUGUCUCAAGCUGUUCAUGAUGGUGGUCGUCAUGUUAUUGGAGUCAUCCCCAAGCUCCUCAUGUUGCAAGAGAUAACUGGAGAAACAGUAGGAGAAGUGAGGGAAGUUGCAGACAUGCAUCAGAGAAAAGCUGAGAUGGCUAAGCAUUCUGAUGCUUUCAUUACUUUGCCUGGUGGCUAUGGUACACUAGAGGAGCUACUCGAAGUGAUAACUUGGGCACAACUUGGUAUCCAUAAUAAACCGGUCGGUUUAUUAAACGUUGAUGGAUAUUACGAUUCAUUGCUAUCAUUCAUCGACAAAGCCGUCGAAGAGGGAUUUAUUCUUCCAACCGCUGGACAUAUUAUCGUGUCCGCGCCAACCGCAAAAGAAUUGUUUAAAAAAUUGGAGGUUAUGAGCCCUGGAAGAAACAAACCUUCAGUGGGAGGUGCGAAGAGAAAAAGGUCCCGCGCACAUAGCAAGAUUGAAGAUCCAAUCCAGCUAUUUGCAGAACAGAUGCAACAGCAAACUAUAGCUAUAUAUGGCUUUCCUUUGGGCCUGCAACUGCUUGCAUAUAGGAACAUAUCUGGUCUACUGGAGAAGAUUCCAGGUUCUUCAGAUGAGAGAACCUUCUUGGAAUGGCAUUCAAUUGGGAUCCCCAAAAACAAUCUUACCCUAAAUGAAGUUCAUAUCCUUGAACGUGCUCCUGAUUUGGUUGUUACUCCGUUCCUGUUUGUUGACCAAAACGAAGAUGGAUGGGGAGAGUGGGAUGAUGAAGACCCAGUUGUUGAACACAAGAAGCAUAUAGUUAACAGGAAAAGGAAACAUACGUCAACUCCUUCAAAGGGAAGUCAAUCAAAAUCGAAUGUCGGUACUUCAAGGCGAGGCAGGAAGCGUAAGUUUGAGUUGGUUGAUGAUGAUGAGGCAGGUGAUAUAAAACUGUGGGUGAAUUCGCGGUUGGAUGCUAUAAGACAUGAAUUUGCGGAGAAUGUUCAGAAGUUAAGAGGUCAGAAUCGGAAUCUUCUGAAAAAGAUCAAGGCCCUGAGAUCUCUGAAGAUGCCAAGAUUUCAAUUUCACAAAUUCUCACGCGCUAGACAGUCAACUUGUGCUCCAUCAAGGAAAGUACGCAUAGCAGCUAAACAUCCCAAUAUAUCUGAAUCUCCAGAGAAUGCUGCUGUAGGUACUCAAAACAUCCCAACUCCUCCUUCAAGUCCAUUAACUUCAAUGCAUGAGGAAGAGAAUGCAGUUUCAGGAGAACCUUCACUUCUUGUUGAUGAUUACACAUGGCGUCUAAUAACUUCUCAGCAGAUGAAUAGCACAGUCAAUGAAGUUGUUGAGGGUGAUAAUCCUGGGAAGAUUUCUUCCCCUCAAAACCAUCUGAAUGAAUCUCCAUCAAAGUAUUUAUCUGCUGAUAGCACAGAGGAUCAACAGUCUGGUCAACCCAUAUAUGACACUGAGUCAAAACUUAGAGACGAGCCUCUGCCUUCUCCUCAACUUCCACCUGUAUUCGAUACUGCAAAGAAACCCUCUUCUAUUGAUGGAUCUGAGGAGCUCAACAUAGGAGACUUGUCCUUGGCCGAUAAUGUUGACACAUUGGUUCAAUCAGUUUGCAAGUCCAUAAGUCCUACUAUUGCUGCUGCAGGUGAGGAUUCCUUACCAUCAGAAGAAGAGCCUCUUGCUGUUGUUGAUGCAAAGAUAACCCCUCAAGAUGAUCUACCUGUUCCUAACCUUUCUGAUGAUAUUAUAUCAAAUUCUGCUAAUCUUCAAAACACUGAGAUUGCCGCAGCAACUGAACAAGAAAAAGAUGAUGAUAUUGAAAAUGAUGAUGAUGAGGAUUCUGCUGUCGAAACUGGAGAUGUUGUUGAUGUGAGUGAUUCAUCUCCUGCGAGAGAACGAAAGCCAACUUCUUUGUCUGACAAUGAGGCCAAACUUGUUGCGUUGGUGUCAAAUAUUCCCCAAAACUCACCUACAAAACAACAUGACCUCUUACCUCGUUUGAACAAAUCAUUAUUCAAAGUCUUCAUGGACACACUUCGAAAGUCACCACAUACGGAACACAUAACCCGCGGUGAUACUGUGAUAACCAACAAAUUCCUAGUCCAGCUUGCCCAGCCAACCAAUUGGGUUGAUACCAUGCACAUGGAGGUCCUAGGAUCUUUCCUAAAUGAAAGGCACAGAUUGGCCCUCUCUCAAGAACGCGCUGUAAUCAUCAAACCAUGGCUAGGCAACUACCUACAGGGAAAGUACUCUUCUUUCCUAGCUGCAAAACAAAAGUUGCGUGUUCAAUGGAAUCAACAGUUCAAGAGGGCUAUUCCUGGAUCUCCAUCAGAAUGGUUUGAAGAAAUAGAUCUUAUCUUCAUGCCAAUGAUAUGGAAAAACCAGCAUUGGGUAGGUCUGGCUAUCAACUUAGGCACAUGGUGUGUCGACAUACUUGAUCCAAAUUACCCUCUAAACGAUGAUGCCAAAGUUGAAGAGUACAUGGCACCUAUUUUGGUCCAAAUCCCGUAUAUAAUUAACAAAUUUUGCAAGCCACGUCUGAGUCAGGAACAUGGGUUGGCUCCUUUCCGAUGGACAAGAAUGAAAGAGAUCUAUGUCAACGAGAGAUGUGGGGACUGUGGACCUGUGGCCAUGAAGCUCAUCGAAAUAUACGCCAAUGGUGGAGGUCCAGAGAAAAUGUCUCUUAUAACUGAUGAAAUUGUUGAUGAUUUCAGGGGUCAAUACGCUAUAGAUCUGUUUCAAGAACUUGUGGCUCCUCUUUACAAAUAGGUAGCUCAACUACUAAUCUAUGUAAUUUGUUGUAUAAAUUGUUUGUUUUAAU